GCGGUUUGGCAGUCGGUUGAGACCUCGUCAUCGCAGUCGGCAGUUGGCAGUCGGCAAACGGUUAACGCCAUGUCCAAGUAUAGCAAGUUGGCCCGCGGAAUAUGUGACCUGUUGCUGUGGGCAGCUCUCGUGGUGGCCUGUUGGCUGCUCACCAAGUUUGUGAAGCCUUUCAAGCGCGGCUUCUUCUGCGGAGAUGAGUCAUUGGGCUAUCCGCUCAAAGAGAACACAAUUGGAACAGCACUGCUUAUCGGAAUAACGUGGGGCGUGCCCAUGACCGUGAUCCUUGUGGUGGAGCUCUUUAAGCAGUUGCCAGUUGCCGUGAAGCCAGGAGCAAGGGAGGGGAAGCAGGAUGGCUGCAGAAUCGUGCAUCGGCUGGCACAGCUGUACAAGCAGGAGGGCUAUUUUCUCUUUGGCCUGGCCAUGAUGACGUUUACCAUGCUGCUGACCAAGGUGUGCAUUGGAAGACUGCGUCCUCACUUCUUUGCAGUCUGCCAGCCGCUGCUGCCGGAUGGAUCCACCUGCCAGGAUUCCCAGAAUGUGGGACGCUACAUCAGCAGCUACACCUGCGGCAAUCCCAAUAUAACGGACUUCCUCUCCGGGCAGCUAAAUCAAUCCUUUCCCAGUGGCCAUGCCAGUCUGACAAUGUACUCGAUGCUCUACCUGGCAAUCUACCUGCAGGCGGCAUUGAGCACUCGCAUUUCCAAGCUACUGAAGCAUCUGCUGCAGUUCAUCUUCGUCUUGCUCGGCUGGUACGUCUCCCUCACCAGGAUCACCGACUUCUGGCAUCAUUGGUCCGAUGUCCUGGCCGGCGCUUUCUGUGGCAUCGUCUUCGCCUGGCUAACCAGUGUCUAUGUGGCCGACUUGUUCGCCUUCAAGCGCUGGAAUCGUGCCGGCUACUCGGCCAACACCCUCAAGAAGACUCAGGUCUCGCCCAAGAGCUCCACAAAAUCUCAAUCUCAAGCGCACUCCAAUACGACAGCUGCUGUCCCUCAAAACGGAAUGCCUCCCGCCCUGCCCGCAUACACCUUCGGCACGCUGCCUUAUCUGGCGGCGCAUCCGGCGCAGGCGCAAUACGCUCAACCCUAUCACAACUACGGAUACGUGCCUUGAGUCCAACUAUUUGCAUGCACGUAAUUUAGUCCAUACUUAUGACGAGAUGCGAGGCAGGUGCUUUUUUAACUCGUUGGAGCCUCACUCUCGCACAUAUUUCUGUUUUGUUUCUGUAAUUUAGCCUAAUAAAAAAACAUAUGAAAUUACGAUCUUACGAUCUAACGAUAUUAUCGAUUUAACACU